GCGCGUUCAUGUUGAUCGUUCGUUUCUGCGGGAACAGUUUUUAGGAAGGACUUUACCCCCUGAAGUUGGAUAUAGAAGUAUUACCGCGAGCAGUGCACAACUAAUGCGUUACAUUUCCAGGGCAUUCGCUUUCCCAGCAGCACAAACUGGAAGGCAAAACUACAGCUACAUUCCGUUCGCUUUUAUGAACCACGCUGCUACAUUUCUACGCAUUUUAGCUGUCCGGCGUACAGUUCAAAUCUUUAACAUGUGUUCUGCUGUUCAUGAAAACGUGAAGAACUACUAUGGCUCUCGGCUGGAGACUUCAGAUGACUUACAGACCAAUGCUGCGUGUGUCAUGCCCUCCAGACCUCUGCCCAAAAGCGCAUGCGAGGCCCUAAAACAAGUCCACCCAGAUGUUUGCAAGAGGUAUUUUGGCUGUGGGCUGGUGAUUCCAGAAAAACUGGAAGGAUGCACGGUUCUUGAUCUGGGCAGUGGAUCGGGCAGAGACUGCUUCGUCCUCAGCAAACUGGUGGGGGAGAGAGGUCAAGUCAUCGGACUGGAUAUGACGGAUGAGAUGAUAGUUGCUUCACAAAAAUAUGCCCAGUACCAUCAGGAGAAGUUUGAAUACUCAAAACCAAACACUGUGUUUGUGAAAGGAUACAUGGAGAAGCUCAGCGAUGCAGGGAUACAGAACAGCUCUUUGGACGUAGUUGUGUCAAACUGUGUGAUAUGUCUGUGCCCAGAUAAGAGGACCGUGAUAAGUGAAGCUUACAGAGUUCUGAAGGAAGGUGGAGAGUUGUACUAUAGUGACAUGUAUGCAAGCGAAGUAGUUCCAGACUCUUUCAAGGAAGAUCCAGUUCUGUGGGGUGAAGGAAUGGCCGGCGCCCUCUACUGGCAGGAUCUCAUCUCUUUAAUAAAGGACAUAGGCUUCAGCACUCCUCACCUGGUUGCAGGCAGUCACAUAGUGGUUCACAACCCAGAACUUCAAAGAAAGACUGGUGAUGUUAAAUACGCAUCUGGAACUUACCGGAUCUUUAAACUCCCUCAAAACUCCAUCGAGACCAGAGCGCUGGUGACCUAUAAAGGCACUGUGCCUGACUGUGCUGAACGUUUUGAGUUUGAUGCCUCUCAUUCCUUUAAGACAAAUGUCCCAGUGGAAGUGGGUGCAGAAAUGGCUGCCGUUCUCCAGAACAGCCGUUUCUCUAUGGAUUUUAGCAUUACAAUGUUAGACACUCCAGAUCCAAACCAGAGCAGUACUCCAAAGUAUUGCCACCUUAGCCCGUUCCUUCUUGCGGAUAAACUGGGCUCCUCAGUCAAACAGUGCUCCAAGACUGGACUCUAAGGUAAAUGUGGAGAGUCCGGUGGAUCAUGUGAUGACUGGAUCACUUGAGAUGAUGUGAUGGGAAGUGAGAGUAUAGGAUGUCUUUAGUUCUCAAGUGAUCAAGUUUUCUUUGAACUUGAGAAAGCUGUUUGUCGUGUUAAUUGUAGAAUAACUUUUUAAAAUACCAGGGUCCUCAACAAUAAACAACAUUAAAAAGUCUUAACAUUUUAAUUAAUAUUUUAAUAAUUGUUAUUCAAGAAAAAAAAAACGAAUCAAGAUCUUUCUCAGUGGAUUUUUUUUCUUUCUUGUUUUUAUUUUAAAUGUUUUAAAAGCUGAUUUUACUGGCCUCUAUUUUUUUGUUUCUUAUAAGAUUAUAAACCAACUCAAAGUAUUGGCACUUGUUUUCCAUUCUGUAUGAAAUAAGGCGGUGCUGAUAUUGAUAUUGAUGCACAGUACGCUCAUUACGCUGUUAAAUUAAUCUCUCGGCAACACAAAUGAUUUUUGCAUUUUUCUAGAUGACUUCUUGUUUCAGUUGAUUUAGUACCAAGCUUUUUGUUAAUUCCACAUAUAUAAUGCCACAGCAUUGUAGUUGUUUGCCAUUUUACUUUUACUCUUUUUAUGGCCUGGCUGUUGGGUAUAUAAAAAUAAUCACUGCUCUGCUGUCAUUUAUUUGGUACACGUUUACCAACAACACAACUGUAUCAGCGAGGAACACUGCUGAAAUGACAUACUGCAUAAGACAAGAUGAGCAGAACAAAAUCUAUGUCAGAAAAUAUUUUUAAUAUGCAUCAUUUCAAUCUGGAAUUUUUUCGAAACAUAAGUAUGAAAAUAAUUAAUCCUGUGUAUUUAGAGUGAAUAAAAUACCACAUUUGAAUUUA